UCGGCGGCGACAAAUAUAGCAGGCGAUCGCUGGGAUGUGAAACUAGACAAGUGCUAUCCAGUCCACAGACCCACCAUUGAGCAGAGCUCUGGCCAUGAUACCAGCAUUAUUCGUCGUAGUCGAUGGCUGUGAACUUGCUGACCAGAAUAAUUUCUGAAAUCCUGAUUAUCCUGCUGUUCUCCUUUUGCGACUCUCCAUCCUCCACCAGACACCUCCCGAUUUGCGCUGUAUACAGUUCAAGCGACAGACAAGGUACGUGCUUUCUCAAGUCUCGCGUUGAUCAUCCUGCAACAUACCUUGAAAAAGCUCAAACACUCUUUGACUUUGCUCUGGGUGCGAAUGAAAUCCUGCAUGCUCUGCUCUCCCCACUCCGAUCGCUGGCCAGUUGCUUCUUUGCCUUGGCCAAGUACAGCUGUCCAGCCUCUUCCUUGUUUUUCACCUUUUUUUUUUUUUUAUUGCAUUUAUUGCAUGCCUUUUCUUGUUUCUUAUCGGUCGCUAAUAAUAAUAAUCAGCUCCAGCCGGCCAGCAUUAAUUUCCCUCGUUCCUGAAGUUCCAGUGGGUGUGGGGGGGUCUUCAACAUCCACCGCAAACGGUCACCAGUCCUCCCUCUUCCCUCCGCCUGCCCUCCAGAUCUACAGAGCUCCCCAAUAAGAAAUAGGAGAUCUGAUACUCCGCACAGCUCGUUCAAUUCUUGUCGCUCGUUUCUGGCAGCUGAAUUGACUCCCUACACAACGACGCU